AUGUUCCUGUCUCACUGCCAGUCCCGCGGCUCCGAAGGCCAAGCCUGCGAGGAGGCGUACGCGAACAUCAGGGCAUCCAAGGCGUGGGGCACGCUGCGUCGCCCCGGGGCGCUCUGCCACCACAUCGGAGAGUGCAAGCAGGGCUGCAACGUCACAAUCAGCGGCGUCGCCAAGCCUCUCGACCUCUGCACCGAGUCAGGAACCGCCGAAUCUGCACCAGAGCUGGCGGAUUCCGACGACGAGCAGUGCAGGAGCAGCCUGGAUUGUGCCACCGGCUACUGCAACUUCCGCGGGUCGGGCUCCGGCCAGUCCUGCUCUUGCGACCAGACGACUGGCAUCGACUCGUGCGUGGCGGUGGGGGCCUGCGGGAGCUACUGCGACCAAUUCGGGGAUCAGAUUGCCGCCCACAACGGCCAGUUCGCGCAGUGCUCCGGCGACGGGGACUGCGGCGACGGCGAGUCGUGUGACACGGCCGCCAACAGCGGGUGCAGCGUGUGGCAGUGCGACGACGACAACGGCCUCCGCGUCGCGCCCUGCACCGGAUUCUGCGUGCAAGACGAGCUGCUGGUGGUCGCAGCGCAGUUCAAAGACGGCGGGAGCGAAAUCGCCGUGACUCUGAACGCCGAGGCAGGGGCGGGGUCCUUCCCGUGCGGGGACAUCUUCGAGGCCGACAGCAUGGCCCUCCUGGGACCGACCGCGCACUGCACCGUGGCGCAGAACAUAUUGACGGUGUCUCUCAGAGCCGGCGCGAGCAUAGUGCCGGGCGGAGCCGUCAGCCUUGAUCCCGCCCAGACGAGGCUCGUCGGCUACUUCAAAGGGGAGAACGCAUUCCGCUCGCCUGAUCCAGUGCCCGUGGCGGCCUGCAGCGACUGCGUGGCGCCCGAGAUCGUGGUGGUGGGACCGGAGGUCCUGUCGCAUGGCUGUCCGGGAGCGGGAGACGCCUCCGCGGGGGUCCUGUUCGACGGGAGCUACAGCCUCGACGGCACGGGAAGGGGGCUGAGCUUCCGGUGGUCGGCGGACUCGGAGUCGUGCUACAGCAGGGACGGGGACUGGGGCGCCAGCGAGGGGCCGCCGUCUUGCGAGUUGCUCAACGGCAUAUUGACUGGGGAGCUUUUCAGCGGUUCCUCCUCCUUCGAGCUGUCCCCAUCAGAAAUCCGUCUGCUGGAGCCAGGAUACUACCGCGUCACCGUAUCUGCAGCAAAUUUUCUGCAGAGCGAGUCCAGCUCAACAAUCCAAUUUCGGGUCAUGGGAUCCCCGGUGCCGGUUGUGGGCGUCCUGGGGAACACCAAGCGACAGUUUGAGGUCGCCAAGGGCUUCAAAAUAUCAGCCUUCGUCGAGUCGGAUUCCGUCUGCCCCGGCGACAAGGUCGUCUACCGCUGGACGUCAGAAGACGAGGUCUGGUGGAGCGCCAUACCGGAGGGCGGCAUCGCCAGAAAAGACAUAGUUGUGCAAGGGCCCGUGGAUGCAGAAGCGCGGGCGGAGUAUGUGUUAAAGUUAGAGGCGCGUCUGGUGGACGCUGAUGGUACGGAGAGGGAGGGCAGCGCCACCGCGUUCGUGACACUGACCGCCAAGGACGGCCCCGUCAAGGCCGUGCUGACGGGCCCCAAGGGAGACGUCGUCGUGGCGCAAAGCGUCACCCUGGACGCCUCCGCGUCUUCGGACCCCGGGGACCCCUUCAACACGCGGCAGGCCUUUGACUUUGAGUGGGCGUGCGUUCGCGGCGACGGCGGCCCGUGCUUCAGCGGCCUGUCGGGCCCGUCCCAGUCCGCGGCGGACAAAAUCGUUAUCUCGGGCGACAUGCUGGAGGUCGGCGCCACGUACAUUUGGACCGUUGCGGCCUCCAAGGAGGACGGAGAGGGGAACGUGAGGCGAGACACGGCGAGAGUGCAAUUCCGGCCCCGGGAGCCGGACGUCCCCACGGGGUCCAUACAUCUGUACUGCGCCGGCGAAUGCGGGGCCAAGGCCAGCCGCGGCCAGCCGCUCACGUUCGUCAUCGCGGACCUGACGCAGAAGGAAGAGACGAGGGUGGAUUGGUCCGUCCCAUCGAUUGGCGCGGGCGCCGAGUCGGUCGUGGCGGAAGGCUUCAUGGGACCAGUUUUCAGAAUCCUGCAGGCGCCCCUGGGCGACGCCUUGGAAGUGUCAGCGCGACUGACCCGGGUGGUCGGCGGCCGGCGCCUUGCCGGCGACGCCUGGACGUCCGUCUCGAUCAACGCCGACCCCUUCUGCUCCUCCGACUCCUGCUUGACAGUGGAAGCUGCUCGCGGCACCAGAGAGUUCCCCGACGCCGAGUUCAAGGCCGUCGUCGCCGGUUUCGUCGACGACGGCCCGCUGAUUUACGCUUUUGGAAUUUCUGCCUCAGACGGAUCGGCGUCUUCACGUGUCGUCCACCAGGUCGGGGAGGGAAGAUCCUGGUCCGUCGACUGGCUCCCCCCCGGCGACCACACCCUGUUCUCCUGUGCGGUGGACGAGCACGGUUCAUCGUCGUGCGAGACGGCCGCCGUCACCGUAGAGGCGCCGAGCGGUCCCAUGGAAGUGGACGCGACGGAACUGAAGAACGCAGCUGAGCAGGCGGCCAGGAGCGGAGACGCCAUGGCGGUGUAUGCCUCCAUUCUCAAGGGCAUGAACUUACUGACGUACGCAGCAGGCAACGAGGAUCUUGAUUCGCUGGCGGCAGCCCCCUCGGAAGAAGGCCUUGGCGCGGGCGCCCCAGAAAUGGACGACGCGUUGCCGAACAGGCGACUUCGCAUGCAAGCCUCUGAGCCGUCGGCCGACGGACCGCCCCCUGAAUUCCUAAACCUCGUCAGCGAUUUGGUGGACGGGAGCGAGGGCGGCCUGGAUGUGGACACCGCGCCCGCGGUGCUGGAAACGUUGAAGGCGCUGGCGGUUGGGGGUGCCGUGAGCGCCGACACGGCGGAUCACGCCCUGGGCGCCUUGGUGGUCCUGACGUCCGCGCUGAGAUCAUCGAACAGUGCCAACGCGCCCGUGGGGGUCGUCGAAAUGAGCAACGCUCUCACCAUUUUGGAGCACGUGGUAGUUGCUAAGCUGGAGGGAGGCUCGCCGCCGGCCACGCCUGAGGAACACUACCGACUUUACAAGGACGUGACAUCCGUUGUGGAGGACACCAGGGUGCUUUUCUGCGCCGCCGCUAUCCCGGGAGCGACCCCCGUGGCGGCGUCGGGCGACGGCGGGUCCAUGUCCGUCUCGUGCGCGACGGACGUCAUGGCGGAGAUGGACAACAAGACGCUAGUGAUGGGCGCGGGAGACCACCCCCACGGGUCCGUCAUGCUGCCAGGCGACUUUUCCGAGCUCUGCGGCGGCGCCUGCCCCGGAGUCACGGACACCCUGCACGUCGAGUUCUACAAGCGGCACGAGGUCUUGACGGGCUACGUGGAGGUGCCUUCCAUGCCGGGCGUCGACGGCGUCUUGGCGGUGUCCGGCGUGGCGAGGGUCUUCAUGCCGCGUCACAGCGAGGGGUCCAUGUGCGCGGGAGACGCCUGCAGUCCCAUGUCUGUGCACUUGGCCGUGAGCCCCGGCGCCUAUUCCACGGCGGGCGGCCGGGCGACCCGCUGCCUGCUGUCGGAAAGAGGAAGCAUUUUGGGACUCAGCGCCGCGGACGACGGCAUCGUAUCUUUUGUGCGGUACGACCCCCUGCUGGGCACGGUGGCAUGCUCGACGAGGAGGACGGGGGAUUUGUACGUCGUGCAAUUUGAGGACGGCACGCCGCCGCCCCCACUCAAGCCCUUGUGGCCGGGCGGACCCCGAGGCUGGGAUCCAGCUGUAGACUACGCUCCUGACUCGGGCGCUACGGGCAAGGCCGCAGAAAACUCCACCCAGCUGGCGGCAGAGCUCCCGUCGGACACAGGGAAGAUCGCCAUUCCUUCGCCGACGUUUGCGCAGGUCUCCCUCAGCCUCGCAUUUCCCAGCCUGGACUACGACACCGUGAUGGCACAGCCCGCGCUGAGAGCAGCUCUGGAGCAAGACAUUACAGCCAGCACAGCCUCUGCGGCGUCUGUCGAGCCAUCCCAAGUCCGCAUAACCGACAUCCGCCCGGGCUCGGUCAUCGUGGACGCCUCCGUGGACUUCCCGUCGACUUCCUCGCCGGAGGUCGUCCAGCAGUUCGUCGCGCUGGUGGGCAGCGACCCGGCCAGCGUCUUCACAGGAGACAACUUCAGAGAGGGAGGCAUGUUUGGGCCGCCCACUGUGACUGUGCAUUCCACGGAAGACACCGGCGAGCCCACAGUUCCGCCCACGAACACUCCUGAACCAGCUUCAACGCCAGCAACAGUCCAAACGCCCACCACAGAGUCUCCCCGGGCCCCAGACGGGGAAACCAGUGCCGAGAGCCCCUCGCCCGUUGUGCAGCGGCCAAGUCAGGAGGAUGAUGAUAGGGGCGACACGCCGGUGGGAAUAGUCGUCGGGUCGGUGAUUGUGGGAACUGCGUUCAUGGGGGUGGUGGGCGUAGCCGGGUACUCGUACUGGAGGAGGCACGUGUCGCCAGGGUCGCUCGAGUUUUCGCACAUUCGUCUGACUUCUGACGGGCCGUGA